GUCUUAUCGCGGUAAAAGGACGGCCUAACUGAGUGUCCCAAUUUCAUAUCUCAAUCUAAUCUGACCCUGGGUUAUUAGCUAGGGUGCUAGGGGAAAUCUAGGUGCAAUUCUCCUUAAAAGCCAUGUCCACUAAAAUCACAAGCGAUGACUUCGGUCAUACACAAAGUGGACAAAAAGUAACUCGGUGAGUGUCAUAUCCCUACAUUUAUUAGCUAAACAUUCCAUGUCAUGUCCUUUCUUCUACUUCUUUGUCUUCUAUGUAACUUAUACUUAUAUUUAGUAUUUAGGGGGCAUCUAUCGUUUUUGUGAAGAUUUGUGAUUCGUGACAAUGGGGAGAGGUAAAAAAAAUCGGCCUUAGGCCUAGCUGGGCCAAGGCAGGGCCUUUAAACCCUAACUAACAUCUAAAAAAAUCUUAAGUCCAACUAUGUCUAAUGCACACCAAAGACCAAAGGCAAAUCACGGCAAAUGCCAGUAAAUCAUAGUUUUGCCGAAAGUUUUGAAAAUUAAAUUGAACCCUUAAAAAAUUCACUUCCCAUGGAUAUCCAAUUACCAAUUGCUCUAAAGUCUAAAGUCAAUUACAGUACCUGUGUCAGAAACAUUUCACUGGUGGAACAGUGGUUCUAAAACUAGGAUCAAAGCACCCUCUUACUCUUUGGUGCGGAAGACAGAAAACUGUAUUUGCUGCCUUCAAAAAAAAAUAAGUUUUUAUUCAUUUUGAUUUUGAUGAAUAGCAGAAGUAAAUGUUUGCUGGUGAAAUUUGUUUGCUGUAUAACUUGUUUGGUCAUUUUUACUUACUUGUUUCUAGAAAGUUGUUUGGAGAUCAGAGAAAUAAAGGUUCAAUAACUAAAUUAUUAUAAUUUUAAAGUUUUUAAUUAUAAUAUAAUUUAGGCUGGAGUAGGGGGCAUGUUUUGAAAUUGAGAAGGGGUGCAGCGCUGCGAAAUUGUUAAGAAUCAUUAACCUAGAACAUUUACUAAGAUCACCCCAUCCCCCUGGUCCACCAUUUUUAGUUCCAUCCCACUUCAUGUGUCAUCCCUAAUUCUAUGAUUCCCGUCUCCACAUUUCGACAUAGAUUCUCACGACUUUUCAAUUUUUUGUUACUACUCCCCUAUUCUCCUCCUCCGUGGCGGCCUUUUAAUUGAUCUGAUACCAUAUUUCGUACCUUUCACUUUCAUAACUGUACUGUUUCUCUCAGUGAUAGAAGUUUAAAAAUAAAAUAAUUUUAAUUGCUGUAGAUAAGAAUAAUGUUAAAAAGUCUGUAAUUUAGUAUUAUUAAGUGCAAUUGUUUUCAAUAAUGUUCCGCUGUUAAUGUGAUGUCAUAUUACUCAACACCCCUAGCCCUCCUAAAUCGCACAUCCUAAUAAAAUUUUUACCCAGACAUGUGAUGUCAUUUAUGGAUUACUUUGGAUUUUUGUACCAAAAAGUGGGUAAUAUCUGAGGCCUAAUAGUUUAGGGCUUCAACUGUAUUCCCUACAUUAAGUAUUCUUAAUUAAGAUAUUUAAUAAAUAUUUCAUAAAUUAUAAAAAAAGUGUGCUUACCUUAGGCCUAGAUGAGGCCACCUCAGUCCUCAGCUCAGAAUUUUCCACCACUAAUUAUUCAUUGGUUUUACUGAUUUACUUUGACUUAAAGAUUUAUUUUCUAGGCCUGUUUGUGAAAUCUGUUAUUUUUUCUUUGGCCCGUAUGCUAAUUCUAAAAAUAAAAAAUAUAGGCCUACCUAGAUUGAGAUGUGAUUCACCUAUUGAUUAAUUGCGAGUGUGACAUGCUUGAAAGUAAAUUGCAAGGCAAAAUGUAAAUUAAUUGAGGAGAAAAUAUCAUAGAUUGUUAACAAACAGUAUUCAUUUUAUUUCUUCUUAUUGAAGGGUCAUUUCUAUUUUAUUAAUAAUUAUGAUACUUACUUUCAGAUAUACACUAACUAACAGUUCAGGAGCCAGUGUUAAGAUUUUAGAUCUUGGAGGUAUAGUUACAGAAAUUAAUGUACCAGACAAAGAUGGUAAACUAGGAGAUGUCACACUUGGAUUUGACAAAGUUGAAGGUAUGAAACUUUGUUGAAGAGUUUAAAGGUCAUGGCUGGUUUGGGGCCCAUUAAUUAUGCUAAAAUCCACGUCCAUUCUAAAUUUGAAUUUUGAAAAUUAUUGUAAACUUUAAGUUACCUAGAAUUUACUUGCAUCAUCAUCAGUGGUGCUACAGCGGAGGAGCGAAGCUGUCGAAGGCGUGAAUAGACAGAAAGAAGUUCGGUAAGAUAGGAAGGGCAGGAAUUCGAGAACAAGUUGUGGCAGAGAACAGAGAGUUUGUAGUCAAUCCGUGUUUGUACCAUGAAUAUAACCAAGAUAAAUAAAUAAAUACAAAAAAUAUCUGUUGGUUUGUACAGAUUCUCCAUCCAUCAGACUCUAUUUUUAUCCUCAGGAUUUUCCUCUCUCGUGUAUUGAAUAGGUUCUCUGCUUUUCUGGUGAGGGACCAAGUCUCACGUUCGUAAAUUACACCUGGUAUAAAGAUAGUGGUGUAAAGAGCUUUCUUUAAUCUCCUUGAGACGUUUUUGCUACAUAGUAGCUUUUGUAGGCUGAAAUAAGAGCAGUUACCUGCUAUUAUCCUUUCUUUCAGCUCUGUCAUUAUUUCAUUGUGCUUAUUUAUAGUAUCUCUAAAUACCGGUAUUUGAAAGUAGUCACUCUCUAAGUGUGGCUGCUUAUUUUAAUGUUGUCACCAGUAUGUAUGUUUUGUGACAUUACCAUUUAUUUUUUUCCUUGCUUCAUUUAUCUCAAAGCCAGCUUUAACUGAGGCAUCUACCAGUUCCUUGAAUGCUUUAAUUAUAUCAUUGCUGUUCUGCCCAGUAAAGCUACAUUUUCUGCAUAUCCCAGGUACUGCAGUUGUUGGCUAUAUAAAGUUCCUGAUGCUUGUGGUUCUUUAAUGCUGGUCUGGAAGUAGUUUGUGAUACUUCCACUGGUACUCACAUGUAUAUUUCUUUCAACUUUUUAUAAUUUUGUGUUGAAUAGGAUACAGGAUUAGUGAGUCUCCUUGUCUGAGGCCAUUAUUAAUCAGGAACUCCUUCAAGUUCUCUCUCUGUACUUUGAUUCUACUUUUGAAGUUAGUCAUCGUCAUAUUUAUAAGCCUGGUAAGUUUGUUAAGGACUCCCAAGUUCUUGUAGUGCAUUUUACAGAUAUUUCCUUUCUAGGGUAUCAUAAGCUGUUUUGUAGUCAACAUAUAGUUGGAGUAUGUUGAUGUUGUAUUUGUAGUUUUUCUCCAGAUGACAUCUGAUAGUAAAGAUAACUGUGGUUCAUCUAUUCUGUCAGAAUACACACUGAUAGUUCCCCAAGAUCUGUUUGCUAUUCUUUUCCAGUUUUCUUUUUUAUAAGUUGAGUGAGGAUUUGGUAAGUUACAUUAAGUAGGGAGGUUCCUCUAUAAUUUGAGCAAUCCAACUUUCUUGUGAAUAGGGAUUUACUUGCAUGUCAUUGUUUAAUAAGAAAUUUUGUUUUGCAUUAAUUAUUGUGAGGAAGCUCUUUUUGUACAUUUGUGGAGUCUUCUUGACUGAAAUGUAUUUGUUUAUAUUGUCUUGCUAAUGAAAUGAGGAUGAUCAUAUAGUCAUAAAUAGAAAAAUAGUAAAAUAUAUAUUUUAUUUGUAUCAUCAAGAACGAAUACGCCUUGUUACACUUUUUUCUUUGGUGAACUUUCAGACUAUGAAGAGAAACCAGGCUAUCUUGGAGCACUUAUUGGAAGAGUAGCCAAUAGAAUAGCUGGAGGUCAAUUUACUUUGGAUGGCAAAACCUACAAUCUUUUUAUAAACAAUGGACCGAAUUCGUUGCAUGGUGGCAAAAUUGGAUUUAAUAAGGUAUGGUUUUUUUUACUAUAAUACAUUUUAAAAAUGUAUUGUGCCCGGAAAUAGUUUUCAUCUUUGAAAAUUAUUAAUAGUUAAAAGCAAUUUUGUUCUGUCACUUAUCCAGGUGGCUCCUAAUUCACAAUUGUAAGAGUUACCAUGAUUCACAAUAAGAAUAAUUUUCAAAAUUGCAAAAACAAUGAAUGGACAGAAUACUUAAAAUAAUCUAUAAAAAAAAAAGAAAUGAUUUAAGAUUUUAGUGCUUAAAAUAUUUAACAAAGAAAUAUACAGGACGCAUAGACUUGUCCUCUUAAUACUUUGAAAUAUGAUUAUCAGAAUAUAUUAUUUAUGUAAAUAUAUAUAUAAAAGCAGGAUAAAAAUAAAGAGAUGUUUGAAGUAUUCUAUUAUUUUUAUUCAAGCAGUUGUUAGUCAAAGCUCUUAAUAAAAAUACCAAUCAACGUUUCACUUUAUGUACAAAAUUAUCAAUCCGGCUUCUGUUGUUUAUUUCUAUUUUUAUCAAAACAAAAUUAAAGUUUCUAAGCUAAUCCAAAACUUGAGUCAUCUAGAAUCUCCUUAAAAAAACUUUGCGCUCUUGCUUUCAUGCAAUAAUAAUAACUUUAUAAUAAUGAUAUAUUUUUGAAUUAACUGUAGAAAAUCUGGGAUGUGAGCAUAGAGAAUGAAAAGCUGGUCUUGAGAUAUGUGAGUGCUGACGGUGAAGAGAACUAUCCAGGGGAGCUAACUGUGAAAGUUAUAUAUGGUUUCGAUGAAGAUAACCAGCUGACCAUUGAUUAUAGUGCCACCACCACAAAGGCCACACCCAUUAACCUCACCAACCAUGCAUACUUCAAUCUUGCAGGACAUGUAAGGAGAUACAUUAUUUUCUAAGAUCAAUAUUUUGUAAUUACUUUUUAUAUAUUUAAAACAAAAGUUAUUUCAUUUUUUCUUUGUUUACUUUUUUUGCUUGUUUUGAUAUUGUUAUGCUAGUGAAUUAAUGUAUUUUGAAACCCUUGUAAAAACCAGGCCACAGGUCACAUCAAAGACCAUGCCAUCACUAUCAAUGCUGACAGUUACUUGCCCUUAGAUGAAAACAGCAUUCCCACAGGUUCUACCAUUUUUUUUGUUCGCCUCCACCCCUUUCCCCCCUCCCACCCUCUCAUGAACUACAUUUUAGUUGUGUGUGAAUUUUUCCUUUGUUACAUCACUAGCAUUGACUUCAAAGAUGUCCCCUUAUUGUCAGUUACUGUAAAGGGCAGUUUAAAUGAGAAAGACUAGGCACAGUGGUUUCUAAGGGAGAGUGUAAGAGUAAGACUGCCAGGAGGUUGACCAAUAAAGAUUAUGAAAACAUAAAGUAGGAGAAACCUGUUGUGUCAACUUUCACGUUUUCCCCGGACCUCUGUUUCAUUUUUCAUAUUGUCUAUUAAGGGGAGACUAGGGUUUAGUUCAUAAUUGUAAAAUUAUUGGAAGUAUCAAAUAGUACCGUACCUCCUUAUUUUAAAUGAUGUAGAUGUUAAAUAAAUCUGUGGCUUUCCUGGACGUGUCUCAUGAACUCGAAUUAAAAGUUCCACUUAUAAUCUGCAUCUUAGAAUGACAAUGAUGAAUUACUUUCACAGGUGAGAUACGACCUGUGGCAGGGACAGAGUAUGAUCUUCGUACUCCUGUGCGCUUGGGUGAUCGUUUAGAAAAUGUACCUGGAGGACGAGGUUUUGAUAACAAUUUCUGCUUGAGCAACAAUGGAGAACUCAAACUGAUUGCCAAGUAAUUUAAGAUAACUGCUUCUUUGUAUUAUGCAUCACUUAACAAGCAUUUCUAUUCUUUCUUUAACCUUUUUUUCUGAAAACGUAUCUUUCUUCAUAAACUACAGCAACUGUGGAAAAAUGUAUCUUAAAGUUUUUUUUAAAAUUACAUCAUUGACACUAGUGUAGAGUCUUUUAAUAUCUAGUGCAAUGAUUAUUCUAGUUGGACCUACUUGUUUUUGAAGUACUGUUGUAGCAACGUGAGAUGGUUAGGAUGGGCUACAAGACCAUAAGAUAAAAAGAAUAGAAGGCUACAUAAGGGGAAGUAAGUUGGUGUAGUUUGUAUUUGAUUCUCUGAUCUGGGCUUCUGUUUGCUGGGGUUUACUCAUGUAAAAGAAGAGAUUUAGUCAAAAGUCAAUCUUCAGUACUGCAGAUAAACCAUAAUUAUUGGAAAGGAUUAAGCUGCCAAUGAUACACAAGUUAGGGAUGAAUUUAUCAUUGUAUUAAAUUACUACCGCACGUGCACACAUUCACACAUAAUUAUUAUGAUAUAUACCAGUUAAUGUCACAUUGAACAAUUAUUAAUAUUACAUAGUGUAUAAGGGUAUAUUUAACUUUUGUAGUGGCUUCUUUAUGAGAAAAAUGUUUGCUGAGGAAGGCUCUUAGCCGAAACGUUCACAUCUUAUUGUCCUGUCUUUAGAUUCAAGCUUCCACAUAACUUGUUCUACUAAAGCAUUGUAAAUACUUUCUUAAAUUAUUUGAUGCACAAAUGGUCUUACAAAGAUGGAUAUUUAAUUAGAUUUUUGUAGACAUUUAACCGGAAAUAAUAAAUCACCUUUUCUCAGUUAAUUAGUAAAUUUGAAAAAAAAACUGUGAGAGAUGAUUAUGAAGAUAGGCGAUGACCGUUGUAAAUUAUUUCAUGUAUUUUUUUGUAUUUUUUUAUAAAAGUGAAUAUUUGAUUGUCUACAGAGUUGAGCACCCGCUGUCUGGCCGUUACAUGGAUGUCCUCACUGAUGAACCAGGUAUUCAAUUCUACACAGCUUUCUGGCUGGCAAGCAUGACGGGUAAAGGAGGAGCAGCCUAUGGACAGUUUGGUGCAUUUUGUCUAGAGGCCCAGCACUAUCCAGACAGUGUUAACAAGGUUAGGAAGCUGGCAUAAUGUCAGUUGACCUUUUCUUUCAGCCUUAGGACAAGCAAAAAAUUUGUUUGUAGCACAGAUAUUAUUUCAAAAUUCUAUCAGGCUUAACUCAUUCCCUCCGGUAGCGCUACUUCCCGACUUAAUUUAUUUUCCUGAGAAAAGGGAAGCAACUCAGUUUUGAAAUUGAUUUACAUUUUUAAAAUAUUUUUUUAAGUUGCUAAAUAUUAUUUAAUGUUAAUGAAUUAAGAACAAAUGCAACAAAAAAUGAAUAAGGUUUAAUAUAAACAUAACAUUUGAGAGGGGAAAAUAACGAACAAUGGCCAAAAAAUCGAUAUUCGGCACCUCGGACGAACACAUGCUACAUAUAGAUGCGCCGUACAAAAGCACACGUAGUUUUAAAGUGAAACAAGAUAAAAAAAUUCCGAUUUUUAAAUUAAAAUCAUGCAGAAAUCACGCCAUAGCGGGAAGUCUCGAGGGACAUGAGAUUUCAUUGCUAUUUUUAACUAAAAAUAAGAAAAGUGUGUCGCUAUGUGGCCGGGACGCAUUUGGACGCAUCAGAAGGAACCCCCAGAGGACGCAAUUAGUCGCAACCGCCGGGAAUGAGUUAAACGAUUUUUUUUAAAGCCUGUGAAAGCUGGUAACUUUUGUUUUAUUUAUAUUUUUAAAGAAUGUAUUUCUAGCUUAUCAUUUAAUUGUACUAUAAAAUAGUAAUAUUGAGAGCUGUACUUGGAUAAUUUAAAAAAAUUAUUCAGGACUAGAGUUUGUCAUGUGCAAGUACAGCAAGACACAUGCAGUUAACUUUUGGGGGGUUGUUGCAAUGUUUACAUUACUCAUUGAUUGUUGUAUUUAUAAAGCUUUUAUUGGUUUUCCACAGCCACAGUUUCCUACUACCAUUCUAAGACCAGGUGAGUUCUACACCCAGACAACAGUUUACAGGUUUGGACUCCUCUAAAUGAAUACACCAAGUGCUAUGGAGAAGACAACCCCAACUAAACUUGGAAGUCAUCAGCAUUUCAGAAUUAUCUAUGUUUAAACAAUGAAAGUGAACUAUGGUUCUUAACUUUUUAUGGGGGUGACAUCAUUUAAUCAAAUUAAGAUUCUGGUUCCCUGUUAUAAUUUACCUAAUAGAGCAAUUUAUUUCAUUUUUUAAUAUUAAACUUUGGUUGUUUCCUUUGUUAGAAAGUCUUUGUGAUUUCUGACGGAAAUUGCAUUUAUUUUAAUUUUUAUAAAAUACAGUAUUCUUUAAAGUCAUAAAAUGUUUAUUCAAAUCCAAUGUUAUAUUUGUAGCAUUUCAUCCAUUGUGAAUGUUAUAUUUCUACUUUUACAUUCAAUUUGAGUGUUAUAAUUUAUUUAAUAUACAAAGUGCACAAAUAAACUUAAGAACAUGCAGAAACCACUGUGAUUAAUUUAUAAAUUAUAUCAUAUCAGCUGUUGAGUGUGCAAGUUAUUUAAUAUACAUGCAUUCCUAUGAGACUUGGCUGUCAGCUAACUUAAUAGUUACAAAUAUUUUGCACCUGUCUCUAUAACCUCAUCAUACUCAUAAAAGUAACUUUACAAACAUUAUAAAUUAUAAAUUUAACAUCAAAGAAAGGCCUGUCACCAUUUUUGAUUUUGCUGACAUUUGUACUUUGGUCAUUUUAACCUAUCUUAUAAGUUAUAUACCUUUGUUUAAAUAAAAAUAAAUGUACACCUAAUUUGUUAUAAAAAACGUGCACCUAAUUUAUCUAAAUUGUACACCAAAUUUUUAAUAAAAAAUGUACACCUAAUUUUUCAAAAACGUACAUCUAAUUUUUAAUCUAAAAUGUCAAAGGAAGUCUAAUAAUGAUUCAAGUCUUUUAUUAUGAGUCCUUGUUAUGUUACCAUCAUCUUCCUCUUCUUAACCUCUUACGCAAGUUCUUUAAAUAAUGAACCCGAUUACCUCUCAGGUAACUGAUCGUGGCAAUAGGAAUUUUUUAUUUUCAACAUUAUUUAAAGUUUCACUUUGUUCAUUGUUCAUGGAGGAUUACAGGUGCGUGAGAAGAUGAAAGCAUUUUUGUUUUCCUCUGUUACAUUUAAAACAUUAAUUACCAGUGAACCAUUUAAAAAAAAAGAUCUUACUAAAAUUUUUGUUUUAAUCAUGGCGUGUUUAAGUUACCGCAUAUAAGCCUACAUCGCAUAUAAGCCUACAUCGCAUAGAAGCCGACCCCAUAAAACUGCUUUAAAAUGGCCAGUUUUUGCAAAAACCCGCAUAUAAGCAGACCAUACAAUUGUCUAAUUUUACUCCAUAUUUUUGGUUCAUAGAAAUUUGUUACUGUAAAGAUGAAUAAAUGCUUACUUUUAUGUUACAUACCAGUUUGUUUACCUUUUGGAAUGACACAAAAACGUGUUCUGCUUUUUCCACAUUGUUUGCUAUAAUAAUAUCUGUAUACAUAUAUAUAUAUAUAUAUAUAUAUAUAUAUAUAUAUAUACACACACACAUAUAUACACAUAUAUAUAUAUCUGUACACACAACCAAAUAAAGAGUCAGAUAGCGAUGAAAAUGUGUGGCUGGAAAAUUGGCCUUAGUGUCUGUCCUUGUGUCCAUUUUGUUUUAUGCGCAUAUAAGCCGACCCCCUGAUUUCAGUAUUGUAUUUUAUAGUUCUAAAUUCGUCUUAUAUGCCAGUAUGUACGGUAUAUAAUAGCCAUUAUUAAACUUAACAUAAGGGUGUGUUAUAUAAUAUUACGAUAAUCACAAUAACUUUUUGUUUGUUCCAAUCUGGGCAUGUGUUCUUUCAUUAAUCAUGUGAUUGCCAACAUUUUGUUGUUGUUGUUCUCAUUUCUCUUUAUGACAAAUCCCACAACUGCUGUGGAAGAAAAAUAUUUCCUUUACUCUUG